AUGUAUUGGCCUAUUGGGGCACCCAAAACAUAUGCUGCUUCUAAGCACGUAGUCCGCAGCAUCAACUCACCCGACCACGAUGAUGCCGACAAGCUCGCCAUCACACCACUCUCGCCUGAUGCUGGACAACUCACUCCCCUGGUCUUGGAACACGAACAGACUCCUAUCGAGCACACACUCGCAGCAACACCCCCCGCGGACGAACACAAUGCCAUAGAAGAGCAGGAAAUAGUGGACAUAAAAUCAUCCCGUGCUGGCAACAUAUUCACAACCGUCACCGCUUCGUCGCUUAGUGUAUGGCAAACGAAGCCCACCGCUCUGUUAGCUACCGUCACAAGAUCCAAUCAUUCGCUCGAUACCUAUGGUCCGAAUACUUCUCUCUUGCUGCGCCCCGACGCCCUUAUAGUCAUUGUGCAGACCAAGAAAGGCUUUCUCAUCACCUACUCUUUGGCCGUCGACCCAGCUGCUCGCGUAUAUCAAACAUCCAUAUACACGCCUUCAGGAUCACAUGUUCGACGACCGAGCAAUGAGGCAUAUAGUAAGAGACCGCAUCUCGUCCCUGAGGGCGGACCUGCUGAAGGGGAAGGAAUCAAGGAAGUCAGUGUUCGCUUCCGUAUGGUAAUCCGGAUAGACGCCGGUAUCUCGCAAGCCCUCGUUCUCGACGAUGAGCUCGUCGUGACAACUGUCAAGCCUGCAGCUGUUCAAUGCAUACGUUGGACGCCGGACAGCUCAGGCUCUUCUCACAAUACUGAGCUUCUCAAACGAAUGACUUGGCUCGUUGGAAAACCUUCGGUGGUAGACAUGUCAUACGACAGACCCAUGAACCUUCACACAUGGGUGACCGAUGAUGGAAGAGCAUAUGCUGUACAACGGUUGUCUGCAACGAGUGCCGACUCUGCGAACCACAAAAGUCUGUUCAAGGGUUUUUGUUUCCACACCCCAGACCAUGAAGGUCUCUUCGCGACAAGAUCUGCAAUCAACGCUCGCUUUUCCCUGGUAGCCAUCGGCUGUUGUAACGGCACAAUCCAAGUAUACUCUGCAAAGGACUACCUAGGCAACAUUCCCCGGUCGCACGAGCUUAAGCUCCCCGUAUCAGAAGCAUCCACCGGUAAUCUGAAUUUCUUGAGCUGGUCUCCGGAUGGAUACUGUCUGUUUGCUGGGUAUGAUAGAGGAUGGGCAAUGUGGAGUGUCUACGGCAAGCUUGGUGCCAACACUUUCGGUGCAGACCGAUCGAUGUCAGAGGCGAAUGACGAAGAAUGGCUUUGCGGCGUGCGCGCUGGUUUCUGGGUCGGGGGUGGCGCGGAAAUAUUGCUCCUUGGACCCGGCAGACGCGAGCUGCAUGUCGUCGAAAUGAUGCGUAGCAGUGUCACAAGCUGCUUCACAAUGUCGAAUAUUUCCAGAUCCCUCCUUCAAGGAAGCACUAGCUUGAUGCUGUAUAAAGGGUUCGAGACUUCGGAUCAUACAACCAUCUCUGGCGACAUCUCCUUAUGGCAGACAGUACAAGUGCCACAGGCAUAUCUUGCAUAUCAAUGGCCUCUUCGGCUCAGCGUUGUCUCUUCUGAUGCAAGAUAUCUUGCCGUAGCUGGAAGACGAGGUCUAGCGCACUACAGUGUUGGCAGUGGGCGCUGGAAAACGUUCGAGGAUCCGAUCGCCGAAAGCAGCUUCACCGUACGAGGUGGUAUGUGCUGGUGGCAACAUAUUCUUGUCGCUGCCGUGGAGUCUGGAAGUAGCUACGAGGUUCGUCUGUAUUCGCGUGAAAAGACCUUAGCCAAUUCUCAAGUACUACACUCCGAGAUAUUGGCAUACCCGGUUGUUUGUAUGGCCACAUCUGGCGAAGAUUCUCUGUUGGUGUACACUUACGAGAACGUUCUGCUCCAUUACAUCUUCGUCUCGUCAUCUAAAUCAGUCAAAUUGGCACAAGUUGGUCAGAUCGCCUUCCAUGGUAUCAUUAGAGCUCCACCACGUGUUCGUGCCAUCAGCUGGAUUCUUCCUGAGGAGCAACGAGACAAUGGUGAUCCCUCCCACGACGUUGCCACAGCCUCUGUACUCUUUCUAGUCGAUGCUAAGUUGGUAUUGCUACAGCCUUCAGCAAACGAACAUGGCGAGCUGAAGUAUGAUAUGCGCGUUAUUGCUCACAAUGUGGAGUUCUAUACGCUGGCCAGAGAACAACUGCCUUCCACUACACCGCCAGGUCCUCUAGAAGACAAUUCUGAAGCCAACUAUCUUCCUGUUGGUGCUCUGGGUCAUAGCUUGCGUGACUCUCUGUGGUAUUUCGAUGGGAAAUCAAUGCACGCAUGGCCCGACGUCCUCGAUGUGCUUUCUUCUGCUCUCACAGAGCAUGGACGUGAGGUUGCGCCCACUGUUGCUAUAACGACUGACUUUUAUCCGUUAUCUGCAAUUGUGGAAAAGGGACUGCUUACAGGCCUCGAAUCGGAUUUGGUUCAACGUCGCGAUAUCAAUUUUGCGUUCUAUCGUCUGAAUCCACGGACUCACUUGUCGAUACCAUCACUUCUGCGACAUCAUCUUGCCCAGUACGACUCACCUGCCGCGCUCCAUCUUUCGCACUCUUAUCAGAAACUCCCUUACUUCAACCAUGCCUUGGAAGUGCUCCUGCAUGACGUUUUGGAUGACGAGGUCGAUGCCCCUCCUGAAUCAUUUGAGGCAGCGCUUCUUCCCGGCGUAUUGUCCUUUCUCUCUUCAUUCCCGACUUACCUCGACAUUGUAGCUGGGUGUACACGGAAGACAGAGCUGCGAAGCUGGAAAACCUUGUUCCGAUACCUUCCCCCUGUCGUCGAACUGUUCGAAGAGUCACUACAAAAAGACAUGCUAAAGACAGCAGGCAGUUAUCUGCUCAUCCUGCAUGCGUUUGACGAAGGCAGCUUCAGCACGCGUCAGAUAUCUACUCUCUUCAACCGAGCUACAAAGGAGGGUGAUUGGGAUCUUUGCAAAGAGCUCGCGCGUUUCUUGGUGGGCAUUGAUGAGACAGGAAACCUGCUGAAGACAGUGCUUGCCAGAGCUGGGCUGAGGGAUGCCGAGCCUCGCAACGGCUAUAGCUCCUCGGACGAAGACAUUACCGGGCCAGCUCGAGAAGCUAUCAUGUCCAAUGGUGUGGCAGGUGUGACACCUCACGGGUCUGGAAGCAGUAGCAACGGCAGCAUCAUCAAUGCUGGUCGUGAUCAAGGUUCAUCUGCACAAGAUUAUUUCGCCGAUCCGGCGAGAUACGCUUGA